AAAAAAAAAAGAAACUAAAUGUGACAUUUCAAUAAAGUAAUGAACAUUUAUGUGCCCUUCUCAUUGUGGCUCUUCUUUCUGGCACCUGGCGGCUGUCCCAUGUACAGCGUUGAUCUAUCCACUCUGGAGGUGCCGAAUGAUUUUCAAAACGAGUUGACCCUGCAAUCAAUGCUCAACUCUGAACUCCAUCAGUAUAGAAAUAAAUUGUAUGAGAAUGCUAAAAUUAAUGUCAGAUCCGCACUUACAUACCCCUUUUUAAUGGGGGGGAGUGACAAAGACAAAAUGUUUUAUUGGGACCCACAGGACGAGGCAUCACAGCAGACGCCAAAAGUAUCCCGCAGCACAAAUAAUGAAUCGGAUCGAUUCCUUGGAACGAAUCUAUUUGGUGAUUAUACCAGAAAAUGUUUUUCCACCGAGGAUAUUGCUUUAAUGUCGGCACGCAAGGACUUUGAGAGUUUAAUCCCAAAGGCAUAUCCGAAAUGCCUGAUUGGCGACAGCGUGGUCUAUAUGCUAAUGAAGUACUUUAACACUAUCAAUCAGAUUGUCAAGGGUAAGGCCGAUGCCGAAACGAGGCGUUUGCUGCAACGUGCCUACUAUGAUGCUUUGGGAGGAUAUCUACGAUUCUAUUUGUUGCCAGUUGCCCAGCUAUCCUACUAUGCUGGCCGUCUCAAGUUGUGCACUGUGGAACGCUUGGUGGCCCUGUAUCGCCAGUGUCGAGUGGUGCUCAAUACCAAUGGGAAUGGUUGGCGUACACCUUCCGCAGAUAUCCUCGGACAAUUGGUCAAAACGCCCAUCAGUCCCAUUAGCAUUGAGGAUUGUAAGAAUAGUGAGAGUGACGCUGCCAGCUGUACUCUUCUCGACCAAAGCUAUGUCACCAAAGAGGCAGACAUUGUCGACCAGAUGAUUGUAACACUGCCUCAUUUGGAGCCAUUAGAUAAUAAUGGAUUUAUGGGAAAUAUUUUCAUACCCUUUCGCCAGCGACGCAUCUACAACCUGCAGUCACCCAAUUCUGCUUUUAUUCUGGUGAAAUUCUUCAAGAUUGUGACCAAUUGUCAUCGAUUUCAGGGACUAAGUCAGCGAACAUAUAAUCUGAAACUUGGUAACUGGAUACGCGACAAUUUGGAGGUGCAUUACAAGGAUGAUGUAUUCUAUCCUGGUUUAGGUGGCAUUUUGCAGGUUUCUGAAUCUCUUGGUGGCCCCAAAAAAGCAACAAAUACAUCCAAAAAGGAAGAUCAAGAGCCGCAAAUGAGUAAAGAAGACUCCAAGGAUUAUCAAAUGUCUCUUGAAGACAUGAACACUGAAGGCGAGAAAUGUGCACCGAAAAAAGUUACAGAGAGCCGCAAGCAGAGUCGUUCGCCCAAGCAGAGCAAAAAACACAUAAAAAGUGAUUAUCUGGGAGAUGGUCAGAAACUAUUUUUAGCCAAGGCAAAUAUAAACACGGAUAAUGAUGAUUGUAUUGAAUGCGAUGAUGAAAUGUAUGUGGCCUAUGUGGCGGCAUUUCUGGCAAUUCUCUUGCUGAUCCUUUUACUCCUCAUUUGCCUAUGCAUGCGAAGAGCGGCCUCCAGGGAACGUAAGCAUCGACGAAGGCCAAAGCCAGCACCAUCAGAGGAAGAACAACAGCCACCUAGUACCCCACCAUCGAUAAAACCACCAAAACAAGGCUGCUGGAAUUCAUUGUUCCAUAGUAAGAAAAAUAAAAACAAAGAAAACCCAAGAAAGCGACAACCAAAAGGCAUGGGUUUCCAGGAUGACUAUUAUUCCCGUUCACUGGGCUUUACGGAUUCAACGUCCCACAAGACAACAGACAGAACGGAAACUGAUGCAGAAGGUAGUGAACUUUUGUCAUCGACCUCAUCACUAGGUUGUCAAUUUCCAAGAAAAUGCCUACCAAUUAAAUUGACGCGAGAAAAACGUGACGAAUACUAUACAACUUCCGAGAGGGAACCGUCCAAUGCUCGAUCAAAGAAACGAGACAAGCAACGUCAACGUACCGAAGAAAAUUCAAAGCAAAAAAAUCGCUUUAUAGCCACUCCUUAUGGUAUUUCAGAGGAGCAAUCAUCGCCUAGAAGACAAACUCCUUCGCCAAAGAAAUUAGAAGACGCUUCAGCGGAGUAUAAGGCCAAGCGUUCAACAAAGAAUCCUUCGACUUCAGGGGAGGAAAGUGAAUCAAAGAAACAAAGACACUUGGACAACGCAAAGACUCAAGCCGAAAAGGAGAACCUACGAAAAGAGUGUGAAGAGUACAAGAAAACAAAACGAAAGGAGGAGCUAGCAAAGAUCAACGAGCUAAAAAUCUCGUAAAGCCGGAGCAUGCUAAAUCAAAUAAGGAAAAAGAAGGCAAAUGAAGAGAAAUCUUUAAGAACAAGCUACAGAAAUCCACGAUACAAAGCCAGAAGAUAGUUAACCAGCGAUUUGAUUGGAAUUGAUUUUGCUAAUAAAUGUUUUUAAGCCUAAAUUGACCUACAUAUUUGAGAAUUACUAGAGAACAUAAAAUAGGAUAGACGAAACCGAUUUGGUUUGGAAUUUCAUUUAAGCGUAUAUAAAGGAUAAAAGAUUAGU